AGAGCUUACGCAGAGAUGAGGUGUGUUGCUCUCUGAUGAGAACGAGGCUGACUGGCUCUGACUGCUCUUCACAGGCAAGGGGCAUCUUUUGUGUACUGAAGUUUCUGGAAGGGAUGUUGUGAAAGGAAAGGUGAAACUUUUACAUAUAUCUCCACAUACCUAUACACACAGUACUUGAAUUUCUUCACAGAAAGCUAUCCUAUAUACUCAAGAAUGUUUCAGACGUUUAAAGAAUGGUUUUGGUUGGAAAGAUUCUGGCUUCCUCCAAAAAUCAAGUGGUCAGAUCUUGAAGAUCAUGAUGGACUCGUCUUUGUAAAACCAUCUCAUUUGUACAUGACAAUCCCAUAUGCUUUUGGCUUGCUGAUCAUUAGACAUUUCUUUGAAAAGUUUAUUGCUACGCCUCUAGCAAAAUCAUUUGGCAUUAAAGAGGAAGUUCGAAAGAAGAUUACACCAAAUACUGUCUUAGAGAACUUUUUCAAACAUUCCACAAGGCAACCAUCUCAAACUGAUAUUUACGGACUGGCAAAGAAGUGUAACUUGACAGAGCGCCAGGUGGAAAGAUGGUUUAGGAGUCGGCGGAAUCAAGAGAGGCCGUGCAGGAUGAAGAAAUUCCAGGAAGCUUGCUGGAGAUUUGCGUUUUACUUAAUGAUUACUGUGGCUGGAAUUGUCUUUCUUUACGAUAAACCUUGGGUAUAUGACCUGUGGGAGGUGUGGAAUGGCUAUCCCAAGCAGCCCUUGCUGCCGUCCCAGUACUGGUACUACAUUUUGGAGAUGAGUUUUUAUUGGUCUCUGAUAUUUAGCCUUGGCUCUGAUGUUAAGAGGAAGGAUUUUCUAGCUCAUGUCAUCCACCACCUGGCUGCUCUUAGUUUGAUGAGCUUCUCUUGGUGCGCUAAUUAUAUUCGCAGUGGGACCCUCGUGAUGAUUGUGCAUGAUGUGGCUGACAUUUGGCUGGAGUCUGCUAAGAUGUUUUCUUAUGCUGGAUGGAAGCAAACCUGUAACACCCUGUUUCUCAUCUUCUCUACCAUAUUUUUCAUCAGCCGCCUCAUUAUCUUUCCCUUCUGGAUUUUAUACUGCACAUUGAUUCUGCCUCUGCACUACCUGGAACCUUUCUUCUCAUACAUCUUCCUCAACCUCCAGCUCCUGGUCCUGCAAGCCCUUCACCUCUACUGGUGCUACUUCAUCCUAAAGAUGCUCAGAAGAUGUUUAUUCAUGAAGAACAUCCAGGAUGUGAGGAGUGAAGAUGAGGAUGAGGAUGAGUAUGAAGAAGAAGAGGAAGAGGAGGAGGAGAAGGAAGAAAUCACCAAAGGCAAAGAGAGAGACUAUUUGAAGAAUGGCCUUGGGGCCAACAGGGACCUUAUUCCCAACGGUCAACAUGGCCAUUAGCUUGAAGCCCACACAGCUCCUGGGGCACAGUGUGCUCUGAGGGCUGCUGGAAGCCAGAGUUGCUUCCCUCUCUAUCCCUGUGGCCUACAGGAGCUACAGGGACCCCCAAUUCUGCCCUCCCCUCUUUUUAACCACCAUGUUCCCCCCUCCCAAGAUGUAUUUAAACAAAAUGUUGUUCACUUGUGUUAAAAUGUUAAAUAUAGCAUCCCUAUGGAUUUUACUUCAGUUAGGACUCAGACUGGUCAAAGAUUUCAAAGAUUUCUCCGGAGAACCAUUUUAGUUCAGUUGUGUUCAUUCAUAUAUGUGAGACAUGUGAUUUUUCCAGGAGCUUACUUGGUUGCAGGCCAUUCACCUUGUUCACCCUCAGGAUGGCCUGAGAAGUGCUAAGGUAACCCACUUUUUCAUGUGUGUUCAGCCACAGAAAGCAGCUCAUUUCUUCCCCAAAACAAUGAGUUUGAGGAGA